AUGUCUUUCGGGCUUUUGCAGUCGCGGCCAGCACCCUCGCUGGCUGCGACGGUAUGCGCAAUCCUAUAUAUUCUCGCCUUUUCGCCAACUACUGCUGCGGCCGAAUCGCCUACAAAUAUCGGGUCGAACGACCUCGACGGCUACAAUCUCGAUCUCGAACUCGGCGAUACAUACGAGCCAAGUUUUGCUCCAUUCGACAGUAGCUACCUCGGCCGGAGGGCCAGCGUCAUCGGACCGCUUGUCAACAACAUGCCUGCAAAGUCAAAUCUCAAGCCUGGCGAAGCAGCCUGCUACCAGCUCAAAAAGGGUGACGUCUUCACGAGCAGCACCAGCAGCGGAACGAAGGCUCGUGAUUUCGACUUCGAUACUGCCGUCGCAGCAAUAAAUGCUAGCUCUGGAGCUGACAUCUUGGGACGUGAUGACAAUCAGAGUAUACCCAUUUUUCUAUCUGCGAAUACAUGCCUGCAGCCGCACCGUGUUCCGGGCGAUGACAAGGCAGACAUUGAGCCUCCGCAGCUCACAUUGCUCAUAUCGAAUUCAAGCCAGUUGGGAUGUCCGGACUUGUCUAUGCAGGAAACGCCAAGCAUACAAAAAAAGGCGUUCGAUGGCGGUGCGGUCAUGUUCAACAUGACUUUCACAGACGACUUGUAUAUCUCUGUCCAGGCCCCCAACGUUUCGUCAAGCUAUGAAGGCGUCUACUUCUUCGAGCUGGCUUCCUCCACUGAGGCGUACUACCACCGAUAUGUGGGCAAAGAUGGCCAAUUAUUAUGGCUCGAUAGCGACGCAACCUCUGCUCUACUGGUCAGCAAGAAUCUGACGACAGAUGCCGACAAAGCACACCAAAUCAUGGAAGAUGGCGAGGUGUAUCAGCUCUACGUUGAUAAUGAACUCUUUCCCCGACUUCAUGGAGUUCGACACUCCACCUGCGGUCUCCAAACAAACGCGCAGAUUUACGCAACGCCGAAUGGGACAGGAAACCUGAAUGAACUGGUCCACAUGACCAUGACGACACGAGGGCCUGGUGGCUUUCCGAAGCAGCAAUUCUUUGUCACCGGACUGAACGAUACAACGGAAUACCGAGGCAUCAUUGUCAAAGCUCCAAAUGCGACAGCAGGGAAACGCGACGGGGAAGGCACUGUUGGUGGUGGAGGCACUGUCUUUGCGUCGACGACCUUCAACACUGUAUCAGGAACGAGUUGCCGACGACAGCCUCGGAAAAAAUGCGAGGCGCCCUCGACCAAGAUGUACUCGCUCUUGAAGAACUGCGACGACUGUAGACGGACCUACAAGAAGUGGCUCUGCACCGUCGUCAUGCCGCGCUGCGAGGACUACACCCUCGACAGCCCGCACUCGGUUGUGCGCAACGCCGGCCAGCCGUUCCCCAACGGCACUCGCCUCCCCGCCGACGCCCUGGCCCGGUACAGCGCGCCCGCCUUCAACACGUCACGCAACAAGUUCAUCGACGACGAGAUUGCGCCCGGCCCGUACCGGGAGCUGCUGCCCUGCGACGACCUCUGCUACGAGGUGGUGCAGAGCUGCCCAUCCGCGCUCAAGUUUGCGUGCCCGUUGCGCAACUUUCGCGAGUUCAACUCGAGCUACGGGAAGCGCGACCCGGAUAACAAGGAGGUGACGUGCAACUACCCCGGCGAGCCGCGCACGCGAGUGAGCGCCGCUGCUGGCGUGGUCUUGAACGCGGCGUUUCUGUGUGGGACGGUGCUUCUCGGUAUGGGAUUUUUGUAUUAA